AUGACCACCCUAUCAUCCGUCGCGCGCAGUCCUGCGCCGACCGUCAACUCCUCUCCAAUAAAACCGAUCCUUCGGAAACCUACUUCAGUCCUGGGCACUCGAUCACGAUCUGAGAACUUGGAGGAUGCAGAUGAGGAUGAGCCGCCCACCAAGCGACAAAAGAAGACGGUCGUUUUUAACGAAGAUCUGAACAUCGUGAAGGAGAUUAGUGGCAAGAGCUUGGAAGACGCGAAGAAGGAAGUGAAGCAGGCGCUCGAGGGUCACAGUCGCGGCGACGAUGAGGACUAUGACAAUCUGAAGGAGAUUUUCUCGCCGACUCCCAAGAAGCGUCGUCGGGUGGACGAUGAUGAUGAGGACGAGGACGAGGACGAGGAGGACGAAGAAGAGGAGGAAGCGGGAGCAGCAAAACCGCAUGAUCUGAUAGUUUACGUCGUGGCGCUGACGGGGUAUGCGCCGCUGCUUGGCCGGUCGUGUUCCGGCUUGCUCCGGAGUGUGCUGCGCUGCAGCUGGCUGGAGCGGGAUGAGAACUUUGCGCGGGCCUACAUCCAGCUGUUGGCUGCGCUCUCGUCCGUGCAGGGCUCGCUCUUCACCCAGGUGCUCACAAUGAUGGUCGACAAGUUCACCGAGACGCGGCACACCUCGAGCGUUCGCGGUUUUGCGCCCGUCGAUCCGGAAACGAAGAGGAAGUGGCUGCAUAUCGGGUUGAAGUACCUCCUGGAGCUGUUCCCGGCGGGCCAACACCUGAUCCUCAACCUAGUCUCGACCAAGUUCCCGUACACCGAGGCAUCCAAGGCGGUCCACAUGGAGUACAUUGACCACCUUCUGCGACUCAAGGCUGCCAGGCCCGAGCUUGAACGGGAUAUCAUGGAGCUGAUUCUCUCGCGGCUGGUCAAACUGGAUGUAGAGAUGUCGCUCGAUCUGGAGAACGACGACGACGAGACUACCCGAGCGGUGUUGCGCCAGCUUGAGGCUCCGGAUGCCAAGAAUGAGGACGAGGACGACGAUAGCGAUGCCGAUUCGGUAUUGAGUGACGAUGAUGGCCUCAAUGAGCAGGCCAAGCGCGUGCUCAUGAUCAAGAGCAAGUUGGAGACGAUGGACGCCAUCCUCGACCUGCUCUUCUCGAUCUACAAUCCGGUCUUUGAGGAUCCGGACAGCCCUGACGCAAUCGAGGCGUUCCAGGACUUGUUAAGCGACUUUUCAAACGUCAUCCUGCCGCAUCUCAAGUCGCGCCACACUCAGUAUCUGCUCUUCAAGUUCUCCAUGAAGUCCACCCAGCUUAUGGAGAUGUUUAUUGGAACGCUGUUCAAUCUUGCCUUUGAAUCAAACCGCCCACCGGUCGUCAAGCAGGCCGCGGUUGCGUAUUUGGCAAGCUUCACCGCGCGCGGAGCGCGUGUUCAGAGUGAUCAGGUGAAGAUGAUCACGCAGACGUUUCUCGACUACAUGGACCACUACCGCGCCGUCCAUACCAGCUGCCGCGGGCCGGAUGUGAGGCGCUAUAGCCAGUACUAUGCGUACUUCCAAGGCUUGCUCUACAUCUUCUGCUUCCGCUGGCGCGACUUGAUCGACCAGGACCUGCUCCCUUCCAACCUUGAUUGGGACGAUCCGGCGUCAUUCAUUGGCCGAGACUUGCCCUGGAUGACGGGGUUGAGGUCACGACUGCAGGCCAACAUUGGCAGCAAACUCAAUCCUCUGAAAUGUUGCUCCCCGAUCAUUGUUGACGAAUUUGCCCGUCUUGCCCACCACCUCCGGCUCAUCUACAUCUAUCCACAGAUCGAGAAGAACAAAUCCGUGCACCUCUCGCAAUUUUUCACGGGCAGCUACGCGACAGGCGGUGCGCUCCGCGAUACCGGCCUCGAGUUUGACGACGAGAAGUGGACGCACCUCGAGGCGUGCUUCCCCUUUGACCCGUUCCAGUUGCCCGUCGCGAAACGGUGGCUGGACCUGGAGAAUAGCUAUGUCGCGUGGCGGCCGAUGGCGCUGCUGGAUCGCGAUGAAGACGGGGACGUUGACGAUGAUGACGAGGAUGGUGAGAAUGAUGAAGACGAGCAGGACGACAGCGACUUUGAGGAAGGGAUCAGGGGUGAUGGGGGAGUGGUGAGCAGUUUUCAGGAGGAUACGGCAACUGACGAGGAGGGCGGCGAGGGGUAUGAUUGAGACGAAAGUUUGCUGACUUUUCGUCAAGGAUUUUUU